AAACUGGUGUCAGGUUAAUUGCGCCCUGCCGGGGUUUUCUCAAGGGCUGCCCUCGAGCCUGCUUCGCUCCCGGGGCGGGGAGUUUCGGCUGCAGUUGCACCGGACUCAUCCCCACGCAGGUGUUGGCGGCGGCGGUGACGCGCCCGCGCUCGUGAACGCGCGCACCCCCCUCCCCGGCUGCGCUGGUAGCGGCGGCGGCGGCUCGGCCAUGGCGGACCUGAGCGCGGAGCGGCUGUGCUCGCUGCCCGGCAACUGGAGCUACGGGAUCAGCCAGGGCGGCCGCCUCUUCUUCAUCAACGAGGAGGCGAAGAGCACGACCUGGCUGCACCCGCACACCGGAGAGGCCGUGAUCACCGGGCACCGCCGCAGCGCAGACUUACCCACAGGUUGGGAAGAAGCAUAUACUUUUGAAGGUGCAAGAUACUACAUAAAUCAUAAUGAACGGAAAGUGACCUGCAAGCAUCCAGUAACAGGACAGCCAUCACAGGAUAACUGUAUUUUUGUUGUGAAUGAACAGACUGCUGCAACUAUGACAUCUGAAGAAAAGAAAGAACGAACAGUAAGCACAAUAAGUGACGCUUCCAACUACAAUUUGACAUCAGAUUAUGCUGUGCAUCCAGUGAGCCCUGUGGGCAGAACAUCACGGUCUUCAAAGAAGGUUCAUAAUUUUGGAAAGAGAUCAAACUCAAUAAAGAGGAAUCCUAAUGCACCGGUCAUCAGACGGGGGUGGCUUUACAAGCAGGAUAGUACUGGUAUGAAGCUGUGGAAGAAACGAUGGUUUGUGCUUUCUGAUCUGUGUCUCUUCUAUUACAGAGAUGAAAAAGAAGAGGGAAUAUUGGGGAGCAUACUUCUACCUAGUUUUCAGAUAUCGAUGCUUUCUUCUGAGGAUCAUAUUAAUCGCAAAUAUGCUUUUAAGGCAGCUCAUCCAAACAUGAGGACCUAUUAUUUCUGCACAGAUACAGGAAAGGAAAUGGAGCUAUGGAUGAAAGCCAUGAUAGAUGCAGCACUUGUACAGACAGAACCUGUGAAAAGAGUAGAGAAGAUAACUGAAAACACAUCACCUCGAGAAGUGAAUAACAUUUUGAACCACAGGGUUUUAAUUAAACCAGAGGCACAGAAUAAUCAAAAAAACAAAGAAGUAAGCAAAAAUGAAGAGAAGGCGGCUUUGGAAGCUGAAAAAUAUGGAUUUCAGAAAGUUGGACAAGAUAAACCCUUAACUAAAAUUAAUAGUGUAAAACUAAAUUCAGAAUACAGAACCUUACCAGUGAGCGCACUUCAGGCUGGACUCUACAGGCCAGUUCAUUUAAAUGGCUCUGAGACUAAAGCUGUCAAUAUUGUGGCGGACACUGGAGAUGGAGGACAGCACAAUGCAGUUCACUCACAUAUGGAGUCUGAACGAGUCAUACAGAGAACUAAUUCAAUGCUUCAGUUGGAGCAGUGGAUUAGAAUUCAGAGAGGAAAGGGGCAAGAUGAGGAAACAAGAGGCAUAAUUUCAUAUCAGACGCUACCAAGAAAUAUGCCAAGCCACCGACCCCAAGUUGCACCCCGUUAUCCAGAAGGCUAUAGAACCCUGCCAAGGAACAGCAAAACGAGGCCAGAGAGUGUUUGUAGUGUGACACCAUCAGUUUAUGACAGGACCAUAGGACCAGUAACAGCUGAAGAAAAACGGAGAUCUAUGCGGGAUGACACAAUGUGGCAACUCUAUGAAUGGCAACAACGUCAAUUUUACAAUAAGCAAACAACUCUUACUAGACAUAGUACUAUAAGUAGUCCAAAAACCAUGGUCAAUAUUUCUGAUCAGGUGAUGCAUUCCAUUCCCACAUCACCUUCCCAUGGUUCCAUAGCUGGUUACCAAGGAUAUUCCCCUCAACGGACAUACAGAUCAGAAGUGUCCUCACCAGUGCAAAGAGCAGAUGUAACAAUUGACCGCAGACAUAGAACGCAUCAUGCUAAGCAUGUCUUCAUUCCUGAAAGGAGGUCGAUGCCAGCAGGUCUGACUUUACAGCCUGUUACUCCCCAGAGCCUCCAAGGCAAAACGCCAGAGGAGCUCACGCUGCUGCUAAUAAAGCUGAGACGGCAGCAAGCUGAACUGAGUAGUAUCCGGGAACACACACUAGCACAGCUCAUGCAACUAAAACUUGAGGCCAACAGCCCAAAGAAUGAGAUUCUUUCACAUCACCUUCAAAGGAAUGCCAUAUAUUUGGAUCAUCAGUUGACACAAGAAGAAUGUAGGGGUACACUAUACAAAUAUAGAUCUGAAGAAUUGGAUACAGAUACUAAGCUCAGCCGAUUAUGUGAACAAGAUAAAGUGGUACAAGCACUGGAAGAGAAACUUCAGCAGCUACACAAGGAGAAAUACACGCUUGAGCAAGCUUUGCUAUCAGCCAGUCAAGAGAUAGAAAUGAAUGCAGAUAACCCAGCUGCCAUACAGAAUGUAGUCUUACAGCGAGAUGAUUUACAGAAUGGACUGCUUAGCACUUGUCGAGAAGUGUCUCGAGCUACUGCAGAACUGGAAAGAGCAUGGAGGGAGUAUGACAAAUUAGAAUACGAUGUAACAAUUACAAGGAACCAUAUGCAGGAGCAGCUGGACCGACUUGGAGAAGUUCAGACUGAGUCAGCAGGUAUACAGCGUGCUCAGAUUCAAAAGGAACUUUGGAGAAUUCAAGAUGUCAUGGAAGGUUUGAGUAAACAUAAACAGCAAAGAAUCUCUACAGAGGCAGGUACCAUUGGAUCAAAGUCUUUUUCAGCUAUUAAGUAUAAAAAUGAGGGUCCAGAUUAUAGACUUUAUAAGAGUGAGCCAGAGUUAACAACAGUGGCAGAAGUUGAUGAAUCUAAUGGUGAAGAAAAGACAGAACCAGUUUCAGAGUCAGAAACUUCUACAACUAAAGGUUCACAUUUUCCUGUUGGAGUUGUCCCUCCCAGAACCAAAUCACCAACUCCAGAAUCAUCAACAAUAGCCUCUUACGUCACUUUAAGGAAAAACAAGAAGAUAGAUCUAAGAAUGGAAAGGCCGAGAAGUGCAGUGGAGCAGUUAUGUCUGGCAGAAAACACUCGGCCUCGAAUGACUGUGGAGGAGCAGAUGGAAAGAAUAAAGAGACACCAACAAGCUUGUCUGAGAGAGAAGAAAAAGGGGCUAAAUAUUAUUGGCGUUUCAGAUCUGUCUCCUGCACAGAGCUCAUCCUUUGUUAGGGAUAAUCCAUUUAAGCUGGCUCAGAAUCGACGAAAGGACGAUAUGGUAUCUAGUAACAUUAAGGAAUUAGAGAAUGCCAUAAGAGAGAAUGAUUUGGAGCAAAAUCAUGAAACUCCUGCAGAAGAAAUAACACAACUAAAUGCUAGAUCAGAAGAGCAUAAUGCAGAUUUUACUAAAGAGUUGACAAAAAGUGAUGACCCACUGUUACCAGACACGUGUGUUAUAGCUGAUCCAAAAGAAGGGAAUGCUGAAGGAGGAGUAGAAAAACAAAAGAAAUUGGGAAAAACACAUACUGUAGAUACCAGUCUGCAGAACAUGGCCCCAAUUGCAAACCACAAACAUGAAACCAGUCCAAAAGAGAGUGAAGCAGCCAGUGUUCAAGAGCAAGAAGGGAUUAUUUCUUCUUUUGAGUUAGCAGUACAAUCUUCAAGAGAAAAUCAAACAGCAGGAAAAAAUCUGCCCUCUUCACCAGAGUCCCCACCAUCACCAGCUCUAUCAACGCAACCACAGCUCACAGAAGGAUCACAUUUCAUCUCUUAACAGAUUCUGUUGAAACCAUUCAUGACCAAGGAGUGUGGACCUAUGGAAAUAUAAGAAGAUAUUGUAGAGUAUAUUUUUAAUCUAUGAAAUUCAUAGUUCUGAUGCUUUUGGCCACAGAGCAUCAUUUUAUAACUUCCUGGAAAAUGUUUAUUCCAAGACAGCUUUAAAUGGCCCAUAUGUACACUCAACAGUCUGAAGAUUGUUCUUCCGAUACCAGCUUGCUGCUAUGAUUUCCAUGCACAUAAAGAUUCUUUUGAAUAUGCAGCCUAAAGUCAGAAUCUUAGUUGAUGUUUUACAGAAUUUAAUGUUUUUAAUUAUGAAAUCAUUUAAGUUUGCAUUUUUGCUUCUUUUAGGUACAUAACAGAUCAGUUUCUUUUACAUAUCACCACUAAACCUUGUUUUACACUUUUUAAACACUAGUGUAUUUUGACAUUUGAUUUGUAAAAUUUUUAUAUAUAUUUAAAAUGUGCCAUUUUUUAUUAUUGCUGAGUAAAGUAUGUCCUGUUUCUGCUGUAAUUAUUUCUUGGUCAGGUUGCAGCAUCAGCAGUUACUGCCACACUGUUAUCACAUAUACAUGAACGUUUGUGCUUACUUUUUCUUAAACAAAAUGAAGUGUAGGUAUUUUGAGGUACUGGGCUCUUACUUUGUUGGAAUAGGGUGUGUACAGCAAUAAGCAGGUUUUCAAUUCCAGUACUUAGUUUGUGUACAAAUGUAAUUAUGUUCAUUGUGUAUAUAUUAUACAAUGAGCACAUCCAAUGUAAGUAUAAGAAGCCACUUACUAUUGUUCAAAUGCAAAUGUUCAUAUCUCAUUUCUUUUUUAUCAUGUUAAAUAAAUGUUAAUGUUCUUAA